AUGGCUGAUGAAAGCACACGAGGAGAAAUGAAAGUAUUAAUUAUUUGCCUUUUAUAUUGGAAUAAUAUUAAAGCAAAAGUGGCAAUUACUAUAGCAAAAGUAAUUGAUAUAACAUAUUAUAAUACUGAAACAAUAUCAACUACUAUAUUUGAAACGUGUAAACAAAAAAAUAUUGAUCCUCAAAAAUAUUAUUUUUGGUUAACGGAUAACAUAGUCUAUAUGUCUUCAAAAACUAAUA